AUGCUGUGGCGGCCUCUGCAUUGUCGCCGUCCGGCCGCCUUGGCCUGCCAUAACGUUGUCCGGUGUCGGUUUAUUCAGUCGUACCGCCAGUCAACACGCCACCUGUCUAGCUCCUCGUCCACAUUCCCAACAUUGUCUCAAUUCAACCGAUCGGAAUUUACAAGUCAGCCAUUUACUGGAAGCUAUGAGCCUGGGGUUCCCACUCCUGGGCCACUGGGCUCGACGCCGGCCUUUGGCGCCCCGCGCAUCACACCGAAAGUUUUGAAACGAUAUCUUGACCAAUAUGUCGUUGGCCAGGACCGCGCGAAGAAAGUGCUCAGUGUCGCCGUAUACAAUCACUAUCAGCGCGUGCAAGAACUACUGCGUCGGGCGGACGAAGCGGCUGAAGCUCUCGCGAAGCGUCAGCGGAGAGAAGCACUCGAAAGUCAUGCCUCAGAUGACGAUUUUCCAGUACCACACAAGACUGUCGGUAUACCACAAACCCCCCGGUCUCGUCAAAACACCCCCUUGGAGCUACCGAAUCUUGCCGAUACAUCACCAUUGGAGCUUGAGAAGUCCAACAUUCUGUUAUUAGGCCCAUCUGGGGUAGGGAAAACGCUUAUGGCCAAAACUCUUGCUAGGGUUCUGUCUGUGCCUUUCAGUAUCUCCGACUGCACCGUGUUCACUCAAGCCGGGUACAUUGGAGAGGACGCCGAAACAUGCGUUCACCGACUUCUGGCAGCCGCAGACUACAACGUGGAGCAAGCAGAACGUGGAAUUAUUGUUCUUGAUGAGGUAGAUAAGAUCGCAGCGGCGAAGGUCAGUCAUGGCAAAGACGUCGGUGGUGAAGGAGUUCAGCAGGCACUACUGAAGAUCAUCGAAGGCACAACCGUACAAGUCCAGGCCAAACCAGAGAAGAAUCCUCGCGCAGCUAGCCCUCCUAACAGUUAUCCAUCCAACAGCCCAUUGGGUAACGGGACAUUUCAACCCAACAGUCCCAAUCCACCCGUGAAGGGAGAGGUGUAUAAUGUACGCACGGACAAUAUUUUGUUCGUGUUCUCCGGCGCCUUCGUUGGACUACACAAAACCAUCAUGGACAGAAUUUCUCGUGGAUCUAUAGGAUUUGGCCAGCCGGUCAGACCACCCUCAACCACCAGUGACUUCCCUGGUUCUGCAAAUACCUCUCCCAGUCAGCCACUUCCAAUUCUCCCCGGAUCUGAGGAAGAAGCACUAUACAAGAAGCACCUCCCCUUCUUCACCUCUGCAACGCCAGCUGGCUCUGGCGCCGAACCGACCUACUUCAACGCACUCGACUUGUUAACACCCUCAGACUUGCAAAGUUAUGGCUUCAUUCCAGAGCUGAUAGGGAGAAUCCCGGUUACCGCUGCCCUUUCGACACUAUCACAGCACUUGCUUGUGCGCAUCCUCACCGAGCCCCGCAACUCUCUUUUAGCCCAAUACACGACCCUCUUCUCCCUUUCGGGCAUUGAGCUGCGCUUCACAACCCCGGCACUUCACAAAGUAGCCGCAAAUGCCUUUACAAUGGGCACCGGCGCCCGUGCUCUGCGCACUGAAAUGGAAACUAUCCUCAGUGACGCGAUGUUCGAAGCUCCCGGCUCGAGCGUAAAAUACGUCCUUGUAACCAAGGCCGUGGCUGAGCGCAAGGAAAAGCCUAUCUAUCUAGCCCGUGGACAAGGUGGUCGCUUCCACGCUAUGAUCUCCGCCGAGGAAAGUCAGUGGGAGGAAAAGAACCGUGGGGACAAGCAAGGACCCGAUAAGAAAACCAAACCGCAGGAUGAUGCGGAUAGCCCCACUCCUUCGAACUUCCAGGAGUACCGGAGUCGGGCGAUCGGGUAA